AUGGCUUACGAUAUGAAUAGUCUGUUCUCGUCGAGCCAACCACCGCUCAACAGCCAGGGACCGCCGGGUGGACCGCCAAACGGACAACAAGGCCAGAAUGGUCCACAGUCGAUUUGGUCGCUUCAGACAUUUCCGCCAAUGGGAGGACCCGACAACUUUGGACACAAUGUGCCAUUCAUGCCUCCACUGGGAAUGAACAAUGGGAUGAACGGUGGAAUGAAUGGAGGAAUGAACAACCUGUACCAAAAUGCACACAAUCUUCAAAUGGUCCCACCACCACCUCUUAUGCCUCCCACCCAGGUCCAUCCACCACCCCUUCAAGAUCCACAAAGAGCCGAUAGCAUUCAAGGAUUCGGACAACUCACCUGGCUCUCCGCCAAAGCUGGUCUUAUCACUUGCAAAGACAAAAUGGUCAUCUCAUUCCAAUUGAAAGAUUUCUGCGAUCAAAUGCUCAAUGACUUGACUUCAGUUCUUCGCGUCGGAUUCACCCUUAGCUUCCAUGCCGCACUAAACGAGACCAGCGAGUACACAGCCACCAUCGUCCAACCAAUAUAUGGACAGGACGCUGAGAUGUUGUUCGCAAAUGCUCAAGAAGUCGAUUUGGAGGCAGCAAAUCCAACUCCACCAAACUCUAAAGACGCCUACUCGCCAGCCCUUGAGCAGAAGGCUAUUCCAGUGCUCUUGGCUAUCUUCCAACGCCACGGAUUGCAACAAAUCCAACUUAGCAGGAGUUUCAGCCUUCACUCCCAAAUGUCGAAUUGUGGGGAUGAUGAGCUGUUCCGCUACGUUGGCACAUCGUCGUUGAAGCGUCGUCAGUUCGUCGAGCGCCGUACACACUUGUUCCGUCUUCAGAAUGAUGACUCUAUUAUUUUGCAGUACCCCGCUGUCUACCAAGCCGUCUACCAGCUUUCCUCCUUCUUGCUCCGUCACGGUGGCGCCACCUCGAUCCAAUCCCUUUUCGACUUCUACAUCAGCCCCGAAAUUCCACAAGAAGUCCGUGAUCACAAUGGAGACGGUCGUCAAGACUUCCUAAACUUGCUCACUGCUCACAACUGGGUCUUUGCCUUGUUCCCAAAUCGUACCUACGUCUCGGUUCGUCGCAACUUGCCAAGCUACGAUUAUGUCGGAUUCAUCAAGCAACACUUCCCCGAGUUGGAUAGUAGCCGUCGUCAACAAUUGGGUUACGGUCAACCACCACGUGGAAUUCAAAGAACUAUGUCGGCUCAAAUGGGUGGAGCGUUUGCUUCAGGAAGACCACAACCACAAAGUUUGCUCAUGCAGCAACAUCAGACAGAUUCCACAAAGUUCCUAUUCCAGCACGCCAUGACACCAGCCGCCGCUCGCCCUGGCUCCCUCUGGGACUCUCAAUCAUCUCUCUCCCAAAGCGGCAACAGCGGAGACCAAUGGAGCCCACUGUUCUCACCAAACACCUGGUCCAACACCCCUUCCAACAAUCCACGUCUCUCAUCGCUCGGCAUGAACGAGACCCUCCUCGGAGGCCACAACUUCAACUCCAUCUUGGCAAUGCCACCAAGUGCCAAGAACGAGAGAAGCAUUGGUGUUCAGGCUGAUGAGCUUUUGGAUCGUAUGUUCAUUAAUCCGAUCGGACGUACUGGAUGCACUUGUCAGUGCCAGUGUGGAAGAGGUGGUGCCGCCGUCAUUGGUGGAAACACUCGUGGAUCUUCGUCUAGAGCUUCUGGAGGAUCCGCAUCGCCACCAAGCGUCGAUGGGGCAAAUCAGCAGGAUCGUCUCUCGCCAUCCAAUCGUGAGUUUUUUAGUUUUGAGGAUCUAGAUUUUACUUAA